CGCGGGGCGGCCGCGGUCGCGCGCGGUCCGUGCGGGCGGCGCCCACGAUGUAGAGGCGGCGGCGGGGCAGGGCAGCGCCGGACACAACGUCCCCAUCCCGCCGCGCGGCGCCGGGGCCAGCGGCCGGGAAAGAGCGGCGGCGGCGGGGAGGCGAUGCCCAGGCCGGGGAAGAGCUCGUACAGCGACCAGAAGCCGCCUUACUCCUACAUCUCGCUGACGGCCAUGGCCAUCCAGCACUCGGCCGAGAAGAUGCUGCCCCUGAGCGACAUCUACAAGUUCAUCAUGGAGCGCUUCCCUUACUACCGGGAGCACACGCAGCGCUGGCAGAACUCGCUCCGCCACAACCUCUCCUUCAACGACUGCUUCAUCAAGAUCCCGCGCCGCCCCGACCAGCCGGGCAAGGGCAGCUUCUGGGCGCUGCACCCCGACUGCGGGGACAUGUUCGAGAACGGCAGCUUCCUCCGCCGCCGCAAGCGCUUCAAGGUCCUGCGGCCCGAGCACCACCUGCCCGGCGGCGGCGGUGGCGGCGGUGGCGGCGGGGCGGGCGGCGCGGCGGGCGGAGGCCCCGGGAAGCCCCCGGCGCCAGGGGGCCCGCACAUGGCUCACUACUUCCACCCGCACCCGCCGCCGCCGCCGCCUCCCCCGGGCAAGGUGCCGGGGCUGGCGGGCCCCGAUGCGGCCGUGGCCGCCGCCGCCGCCGCCGCCGCCGUGGGGAGGCUGCCGCAGUUCUCGCCCUACGGCGGCAGCCAGCCCUCGGGCUUCAAGCAUCCCUUCGCCAUCGAGAACAUCAUCGGCAGAGAUUACAAGGGCGUGCUGCAGGCCGGCGGGCUGCCGCUGGCCUCGGUGAUGCACCACCUGGGUUACCCGGUGCCCAGCGGCGUAGUCGGCUCCGUGUGGCCCCACGUCGGGGUGAUGGACCCCGUGUCCGGCGUGCCCGUGUCCCCCGACUACGGACCCUUCGGCGUGCCCGUGAAGGCGCUCUGCCAUCCGCCGGCGCAGACCAUGCCCGCCGUGCCCGUGCCCAUCAAGCCGGCUCCCGCCAUGCCCGCGCUGACGGUCGCCGCCUCGCAGCUCUGCCCCGCCGCCUCCCCGGCCUCCGCCGCGCUCCUGGAGCAGGCGGCGGGCGCCGCCCCCGAGGGCAAGGGCUCUCUGCACUCCGUCCUGGUGCACUCCUAAGGGCCGGGGCCGGGGGCACGGCGGCUCCCGGGACGGGGACGCGGGGAUCACGCGGGGCCCGGGGCCCGCGCCCUGCGGUGUCUGUGUUUGUGUUGUGUACAAUCAGACUUUAUAUGAGCCAGGUCGCAGGUAAGAGCU